AAAUGCAAAAAAGAGUUAAGUCAAAUCUAUACAUUACAUCUUUCAAACAUUGUGAAAAUAAUAAUAUUGUGAAUUAUUACAGUUGAUAAGGCAAUAAGUGUUUCAAAAUUAACUGCUGUCUUUCUUUGGUGUAUCUUUACUUUGAUAUUCAUUUCAUAUUGAGUAAAGUUGAAAACCUGAACAGCCUAGUGUCCUUAGAAAUUUAAAUUAACCCUAAUAACCUCAUAUGGGUCUAAAUGUGACAGGAAAUAUUUGAAAUAAAUUGUGAAUUUAGAUUAAAUAGUGUUAGGAAGAUUGUGUUACAUAUUGAUUGAAGAAUUAAAAGGAAUAUUCUCCUAAAAUGAACGUGAUAAAAAAGACUAAAACUAAGAAAUUUGUAACAUCACCUUAUUUUCGAAACAAUCAAGUUAAAACAUUUUCAAAAACUUCUGAGUUUAAUGAUUGUCCUAAAAAAGAUUCAAAUUCAGUUUUAUGUUUUCCAGAUAAAAGAUUGAAAUUUCCUUUUUUUGAUAUUCCAUGUAUAGAAUUAGCCAAAGCACUAUUAGGAAAGAUUUUAGUUCGAGUCUUACCCAAUGGCAUUGUUUUAAAAGGACUCAUAGUUGAAACUGAAAGCUAUUUAGGUAAUGAAGACAAAGCUUCAAUUUCAUUUGGGGGUAAAAUUACAGAAAAAAGCAAACCGAUGUACAUGAACCCAGGAACAACAUUUGUGUAUUUAACAUAUGGGAUGUAUAGUCUGAUCAACAUUUCAAGUCAAGGUGAUGGUGCAGCAGUGCUUCUAAGGGCCUUGGAUCCGUUAGAAGGAAUGGAGCAAAUGAUUACAAAUAGAAAUGAGUUCCAGCCAAAUAAAAACAAACCUAAAAAAGAAAACAAGGAUAUACCCCAUCAUCAGUUGUGCAAUGGACCAGCUAAACUGUGUAUAUCUUUAAACAUUACCAAAGAUCAGUGCAACAAACAGGAUCUGUCAAAAUGGUCAGAAAUGUGGAUUGAAGAGGGAAAUACCAUACCCGAGGAACAAAUUGUAAAAUCUCGAAGAAUAGGUAUUGAUUCAGCAGGACCAGAAUGGGCAAAUAAACUCCUGCGUUUCUAUAUAUUUAAUAACAAAUCAGUUAGUAAAAGAGAUAAAGUUCAGGAGGCAAUUCUUUGUGGUUAAUUGUAUUGUUUCUCAAUGAUAAUUAAACUAUUUUAUUAUAUAAAAUACUUGUUAAUACCAUUUUUAUGCAAUAAAUUACUUUAUACAUCUCA